CACAGCUUCCCGAAACUUCGCCUCCUCGUCGAGGCGGUCGGCCAGUGCCAUACACCACCAUGGUCCGACAUUGUCCAUGGCUUCACCCACUAGGGUUUCGAGUACAGCAGCUCGUGUACGACGCAUAGAUCAAGCCCGUACCAUGUUCAUCCAGACAGAGACUACGCCCAACGAUGACUCCUUGAAAUUCAUCCCUGGGGUGCCCGUCAUGGGCGAGGGCACCGCGGAAUUUCUGGACAUCAAGUCCGCCCUCAAGUCGCCACUUGCCAUCCGUCUCAUGGGCAUCGAGGGUGUCACGGAAGUCUUCUACGGCCCCGACUUCGUCACGGUGUCCAAGGACGCCGAGACAGCCUGGUCCGUGAUCAAGCCGGAGGUCUACGCCAUGCUCAUGGAGCACUUCUCUUCUGGGGAGCCGCUCUUCCGCUCCGAGGAGGACCGGGAGUCGGCAGGGCCGCAAGAUACCCGCAUUCUCGACACGGAUUCGGAGACGGUCGCCAUGAUCAAGGAGCUGCUGGAGACUCGCGUACGACCAGCGAUCAUGGAGGACGGCGGAGACAUCGAGUACCGGGAUUUCACGGACGACGGUAUCGUCCAGCUGAAGCUGAAGGGAAGUUGUCGAGGAUGCUCGUCUAGUACGGUAACGCUGAAGAGCGGCAUCGAGCGUAUGCUGGUGCACUACAUUCCCGAGGUCAAGGGCGUAGAGGAGGUACUCGGUCAGGAAGAAGAGAUCGCCCUGAACGAGUUCCAAAAGCUCGAGGAGAAGCUGGCCAAGGAGCAUGGCCAUGAGAAGAAGGAGUCGAGGUAAUCCAUCGGCCUCGGUGACUGUUCCGUCCGUUCCGCGCUAAUGCACACCGCUCCCCGGCAUCUAGUAUGGCGCAGUACAUGUCCGUGUAGAUCUACCUGUACAUCCUACCUAAUUCACUCACACUACGGGGAAAGUAAUUUUAAUCAUCUCUCACG